AUGUCUUUGGCAAAAGCUGCAGUGCUAGCACUGGGAAUCAGGCAGGCGGCUGCUCAUUGGCCUAGCACACUACAACACUUGAAUGGAACACACCUCCCACCAUGGCUGGAGAACGAUGGAGCCGCGCCCGAUGCAAUACCGUGGGGCGAUAUGACAGCCAACAACACAAAUUACUACGAAACAUGGCCGGAAACUGGCGUCACUCGAUACUACGUGUUCGAGAUCGCACGAGGGCAAUGUGCUCCUGAUGGAGUAGACAUGGAAUGUAUACUCGUCAACAAUCAGUUUCCUGGUCCUCUUAUCGAAGCCAACUGGGGAGACAACAUCGAGAUUACAGUGACGAACAGGCUAGAUGAAGGGACGGCGAUACACUUACACGGCUUUCUGCAAAAAGGCACGCCGUACAUGGAUGGUGUUCCUGGGGUACAUCAAUGCCCUAUCGCUCCAGGAGAGACAUUCGUUUACCGAACUCGAGCCGAGUUGUACGGAAGUGCUUGGUACCACUCACACUUUGACGGACAGUCGGCCAACGGCUUUUACGGACCUAUCGUCAUCUAUGGACCUACAAACGCAGAGUACGAUGAAGACCUCGGACCAGUAAUGCUGGGCGAUUGGGUACACGCAUACUACCAAGAUCUGGUAGACGACCUCAUGGCGCCUUUCCCGAACGCGAAGAUUCCGCCGUCAGACAAUGUCCUCAUCAACGGACUGAACCCAUACUAUGGCGCGAUGAACGCUUCAGUUGCAGGCUUCAGUAUCCAGUCAGGCAAGACUUAUCGCUUCAGACUGAUCUCAGCAGCAUGUUCAGCAACCAUGAAGUUCACUAUUGAUGAUCACGAGAUGACAGUCAUUGCGAACGACUUUGUGCCAGUCGUGCCAUACAAGACCGAUCACGUCACUCUCAGCGUCGGACAACGAACCGACAUCCUCGUCACCUUCAACAGAGACCCCUCCAGCGCCGUUUGGAUGCGCUCAUUCAUCGCGCCUUGCAGUGAAGCACAAGGUCAGACAGAAGCCAGAGCCGCGAUCUACUACGAAAACGCAGACACUGAAGCUCUACCAAUCUCGAUGCCCGGACCCAAUGCCUACAACACCUACUGUGGAAACGACGACUUGGCACAAAGUGUGCCCUUCUACAAAAUCACACCUCCCAUGCCAGAAUCCAAGAGCGUGAUUCCCAUCUCCGCCCAAGUCAACGGCACGCAUCUGCUCUGGUACAUGGCAGGCCGCACCUUCCGCACCGACUACAACAAACCUAUGCUCAUGGAAGCUCAGAAGGGAAACCUCGACUUCCCUUCAAUCCUCAACGCUCACAACUACGGCACGAACAAUUCGAUCCUCAUGGUGAUUGAGAACACGGGCAAAAUGCCUCACCCGAUGCAUCUUCACGGCCACAACAUGUUUAUUCUGGCGGAAGGUCCUUGCACUGAUAAUAACUUCGUCUUCGGUCGCACUGAUGGCGUCGCUGCGGCUGAUAUAGAAGCUCCUGAUCGAGACUAUGGUAAUUGCUGGGAUGGACAUAUUGUGAAUCCGGAGAAUCCGUUGAGGAGAGACGUGUUUAUGCUCCUGCCUGGGGAGUAUAUUGUGAUCCAGUGGCUGCAGGAUAACCCUGGGGUUUGGACUUUGCAUUGUCAUUUGACAUGGCACUCGGCAGCCGGGUUCGUCUGGACUGUUAUCGAGAGGCCGGAGGAUAUCAAGCAGAUGCAAAUUCCACGACAGAUGACUGAGCAGUGCGAUACUUGGCAGGCGUGGACGAACAAGAAUGUCGUUCACAUGACUGAUGAUGGAGUGUAG